UUUUGAACUGAAUCUUUCACAAAACUAGUUAAUUGAAUAUUACGGUAGCUUAUCGAUGUAAAAAUGUACUUCUUUAGUAACUGGUGCUUUCUAUGUGCUCGAGACAAUAGUGUCGAUAUACCAAUUCAGUCAUUGCCAGUGAUAAUGCAAGAAAAAAUUGGAGAGUUUUCUUUAGUAAAUUAUAAUCUACCUGGAUGUCCAAAAAAAAUCUGUUCUAAAUGCAACAAGUUCUUAAUUGACGUUGAUCGAUAUACAAAACGAUAUUUAUCUGUUGAAAAAUGUUUGAUGGAACUAAUGAGAAAUAAAAAUGCCGAUGCACGAAUUAUUAAAUCAAAGUAUGAACUAAAUGAAGAUUUAGACGAGUCGGAGGAUAAUGAAGUAAUAGUACAAAUUGUUGAUCACAGAGAAAUGCAGCCAGUGACUGAAAUUUUUGACAACCAGAUUGAAAUAUUCCAAGAGCUGCCAGAGGAGCAAAGCAUUAGGAUCUUAAAUCCAACACUUCCUCCAAAAAUUGAAAGUAAAAUUCGUCUGGAUCUUCUUAGUUGCGAUAAAUGUGGACACAAUACGUCUACGAUUAAUUUGAUGAGAUCUCAUAUGGAUCAUCAUUUACGGAAUGAAAAGUUAUUUAAAUGUAAUGUUUGUCGUAAAAGAUUUUCUAACAAGAAGCUUCUGGCAAAUCACGAAUCUAUUCAUACAUCCAGUAUUGAAAGGAAAACUUUUGAGUGUAAAGACUGUGGAAAAUUCUUAUCCAGUCAAACGGCAGUUAAUAAUCAUGUUAAAUGGUUUCAUAUGGAUAGACAAUAUUCAUGCAGUUCGUGUCAUAAAAAAUUUGCAACUAAAGGAUCUCUAACGGAGCAUAUGAAAACUCAUUCAAAUGUAAAGCAGCACGUCUGUCCAAUUUGCAAUAAAGAAUAUAAAACAGCAUCUACCUUGACAAACCAUAUUGAUACACAUUCUGUAACUGAAUAUAAAUGUGAAAUAUGCGACUUAAAAUUGAAUUCAAAAAGAACACUCAAACAACACGCAAAGGUUCAUAGUAAUCUAAUACUUCAUACUUGCGAGAUUUGUGGUUCCGAAUUUAAACGAACAAAGACUUACAAGGAACAUUUGAUUACUCAUUCUGACAUUCGUCCAUACAAAUGUGAUUUCUGUCCAAAAACUUUUAAAAACGGACCGAAUUGUAGAAAACACAAGAGAGAAGUUCAUCGGACAGAACUAGCAGCUUCAGAAAAGAAUGAAAGCAACCGAAAAUCUGUUAAAUUACCGAAGAUUCACGAACUCCUUAAUAUGUCAAUUGUAGAAUCCAAAAAUGAAUAAAUUUAAUUUUAUGAAACUAUA